UUCUCUACAGCAGAAGAAUGAAGAUGGGGCCCAGCUGGUUGUUGCUACAGACGGUAGAACCAAGGGUGUUUUCCUGGAUUGCCAAAGAGAAGUCAAGAUGGCGAAAGUCCCAGACCUGUUUGAAGACCUGAAAAGUUGUUACAGUGAAAGUGAAGAAUACAGUUCUACCACUGACCAUGUCUCUGUGAAUCAGAAAUCCUUCUACGAAGCAGCUUAUGAACCACUUCAAGAGGAUUGCAUGGAUAAAUUCGUGAGCACCUCUGAAACCUCUAAGACAUCCACGCUUACUCUCAAAGAUGGCUUGGUGGUGGUAGCAAAAUCCAGCAAUGGGAAGAUUCUGAAGAAGAGAUGGCUGAGUUUAAAUCAAACCCUCACUGAUGAUGACCUGGAGGCCAUUAACAAGGAUGAGGAAGAAGAAACCAUUAGGUCUGAGUUAGCACCUCGCAGCUUCCAGAGCAGUGUAAAGUACAAAUAUGUGAGGAUUACGAAACAACAAUUCGUCCUGAAUGAUGCCAUCAAUCAAAGUAUAAUCCGAGAUACAUCAGGUCCAUAUCUCAGGGCUGCUUCCGUCAACAAUUUAGACUAUGAAGUGAAAUUUGACAUGGGUUCCUACUUGCCAGCAACAGAGCCUUCCAAACUUCCUGUGACUCUAAGAAUCUCAAAAACUCGACUGUUUGUGAGUGCUCAAGAUGAAAACCAACCUGUGUUGUUGAAGGAGAUGCCUGAAACACCAAAAACCAUCACGGGGAAUGAGAGCAGCCUCCUCUUCUUCUGGGAAAACCAGGGAACGAAGAACUACUUCACGUCAGCUGCCUACCCAGACUUACUCAUUGCCACCAACGAAGAGAGUCUGGUACACAUGGCGAAGGGGCUGCCCUCCAUCACAGACUUCCAGAUAUCCUAGAGCCAGCCUCAGCGCCCACAGCCUCUCAACUUGUGAAGUGUUGACCCUCUGUAUGUACUGUGUACAUGAAGAAGUCCAGUUCUUUACGCUUCGUCAUCGGCUGAGCACGUGCUGAGCCUUGGUAAUUCCAGAUGAGUGUUUACCCUCUUUGUAAGAGAACUAAGUCUCAUAGAACCAACACUAGCAUAUGAUGUUAUUUGUUAUUUAAAGGACACCCUAUACUUUGUAUGGUACCAAUGAUUAUAAUUAUUAUUUUUCAUAACACUCUCAAAGCGUAGUUCUACUGUAGCAACCAAAGCUACUCUUCCCAUACUACACAUGGGUUAACUAAGGUGUAAGAAAACUAAAAGAUGCAAUAACAUUUGGGAAGAGAAGCCAAAAUUUCAUUCCAACUGUGUACUUUCUGUUUCUAGGUUACUAAUAGGCUCUGAAUCAGAUAGGUUAACUUUCCUGGACCUCAGUUUUCAAAAGAGAGAGAUAAUAUCCAUAUAUACUUCCUGCCUUAAUCACUUUUUAUGUCAGUGAGGCAAUUUUGGUUAAAAAAAAAUACCUCUUGAAACUGAGCCUCAAGAUGAUAAACCAUGGAAUGUUAUUUUUAAGUAUUUAUGUAUUUAUAAAUAUAUUUAAUAUAAUUAUAAUAUUAUUGUAUUUAUGGAAAGUCCUUGAAUCCUAUGAGGAUGACCAUGCAUUCUCAACAGUAAAGUUUUAUAGGCUGAGUGAAUUAGAGGGACUUAGACUAAAACACUGUACACCAGAUCAUGCUUUUCCUAUAACUAUGAGGCCUAUAUUCUAGAAUCCUUUAAAUUGUGGCAAUAUAUUUAUAUCAUUUACUUUCUCUCACUCUUCUGGCCUUAAAUUUGCUGUAGCAUUCUUAACUCAUUUGACUUGAACUGCAGUUAAUUCCAACUACCUAAAAAUAGGAAGAACUAGACCCUGGAAACAAUCAAAUCAUUGUUAUCUAAACUUCCUUUUCUGGAAUGUAACGGAUAUUUCUUUUGAGUUCUGAAAGUUAUGAUCAGAUCAUAAUGUUACAUUACUGUCAAUAAUGAUGAUAAAUAUAUUAUU